CUGAGUGUGCUGGAGGGAGGAGAUACAGGCAGCGAGGCUGCAGAGCUGUGAGAGUGACCCAAAACAAGACAAAGUGUGUGUCUCAGUGUCUGUCGGAGGGCAUCUUCAAAGCAUUUAAUUGACAGACCGACUGACUGGAAGCAGAAUAUCUGGCAAGGGGUUUUUACAUCAUCAGACACCAUGGCAACAAAGCCAGUGGAAUGGCAGGAGCAGGGUCGAGUCAACGCGCUGGACGAGUGGGUCGAGGAGCUGUGGCCGCAAGGCAAAGAGAGUGCAACCCUGAGCCACAACUCCACUCUGCAAGAUAAAGAUGCUCCAAGGGCACAACCCGAAGAGGACAUCGACGCCCUAGAGCUAGGAGCUCAAGACCAAACACUGGGCAGCAACCAAGCGCUACUAGGAACCAAAACAUGCGAUGAAACCACAUCGGAAAAUCUGGAACAUACAAGAAUUAGUAGCUGCAUCCCCACAGAGACACCAGGGAUGGGGACAGUAUUAGAUGAAAAAUCCCGGGCUCAAGAGGAGAAGUCAGUUGAUUCACGCAAAGCUGCUUUCCCGACUCCUCCCCUCGGUGCUUCAUCCAUGGAGGAAUGCUUUGAGAAAGAGAGUCUUUCCACCCUGGUGAGGGAGCUGGAUGAAUUUAUGUUGGACCCAACAGAGGACCUUUCGUCUCCCGAUGGACAAAAUAGUCUUGAACGGCCACCUCUUCUCUCUAAGCCCGCAAAUACAGAGUUAGAUGCAUUAUCGGAGGAGACGACUACAGAGGAGAAUGACACACAGCCGAACUUCUUACCAGAUGGUUUUGACUGUAGUGAACCUGAAGAUAAGAUGUCGGCUGUAGCUCCUGAAUCAAAUUCAGCAGCUCAUUCUCCUCCCUUUGCCAGAAUCAAUGGAGCAUCAAUCACAACACUAGACGCAGAGGGCAAGCCUUUCCACCCUUCACAUUCUCCCAAUACAUCAGUUUCCACUGAACAAGACCCAACGUCAACCUUCCCUGCAUUUUUGUCAGCCAAACCGCAGGGGGAGCUGUUGCCCCAGAGCCAAAGGGAGCUUACCCCCAGGGGAGUAAACCAGGAAGCUGCACAACAGGUGCUCUGCAAGAGCGCCUCACCUUUGUCUACUGUUGUCAUGGAGCUGUCUGAUCGGGGUGGGGCGGGGUCUGGUUUUGCGGUCGCUGUGAGAGAAAAGCGCAGCAGGGCGGGGGACCGCACACUGAGAGGAGGCACGCAGACAGGUGGAGAGGGAGCGCAGAUCAAGACUGUUGAGCGGCAACGCGUCCGAGAACGGCCAAAAAAUUCCAAAACCGUCGAGAAGCAAAAGAUUGAGAUAGAUAAACGCUGCUGCUGCGUGCCUGCUAAACACAGCAGGAUGGAGACUGACUCGUGUGAUGAUAGCCAGAGCGAUAGUGGAGUUUCAGCGGACUUCUCCCCAUGCAGCACCUUGGAGGGCACCACCAUUUCCACAGCCUAUCCAGCUGCUGCGCCCAAAGAGACCCCCAUCGAGAGGGAGAUGCGGCGGGCCGUAGAACGUGAACACAGUCUGAGGAGAUCCAGAGGGCUUCCGAAUCCACCCACCUCGCCAGAGUAUGUAGAGAUCCCUUUAAGAAAAACUAUUCUCUGCCAGUCCGUAACUAAGUCUGAGAGGAGUCACUGCAAAGACAGGCAGUUAGCGGGCAAAAAGAUGGAGCAAGAGAUACACGAGGAAGCCGAGAGGGAGCAGGAUCUGGUCAAGCUGGGCAAAGUUCAAGGCUUCUAUGACAAAGGCACAGUCCGCCAAAUCAAAGAGAGGAAACAGAUUUUCGAGGCCUUUCAGAAACCCAGUGACUCAACUUUGAGUGUGUCAGCCCAGAGUAAGCCCACGUCCUGGUCCUCUGCCAGUGACGUUUCAACCCUGGAGAACCAGGAGGACAUCUCAUCGCAGGCAUCCACCAUAGGAGGGUCAUAUUUGCCCACUCAGAGCACGAGCUCAGUCAUGGGAGGUGGUGACCCCGCUAGGACUCCCAGAGGACCAGGGUCAUCUGAGGGCAUGGCCUGUAAAGUCAUCAUCCUAGAAAGCAAUAUCAGUGUUCCAGCACAGAAGCUCUGCCACGCCAAACUGGAGGCAGGGCCCGUCACUGUAGUCAACUCUGGGCGUCCGAGCGUCUCAUCUUCUAGGACAGGAGGACGGGGUAGGAUUAAAAUGAGCGAGCAGCAGGAGGAGGAGGAGGAUGAGGAGGAACCCAAGGAGAAUCCCUUCUUCAAGCUGCGCUCCUCAACAAAUUUGGUCAAAGUAGAGCAAGACAUCCGGGAGACUCAAGAGAGAGAAAAGGAGCUUCACAACCAGAGGGCCAGUCUGUAUGGGGGCACAGGAGAGAAGGAAGGAAGAAGCACGCCAGUCCCCACGUUGUCAACCUCUUCGUCACUGAAUGGUCUGGCUUUUCCUGACUUACCUGCGUCGUCAUCCAGAGGGGGAACUAGACACACAGCAGGACGCCAGUCAGUUGGCAAGUUGGGGCUGUGGCCUCCAGGUCAGCCUAAAGAGGAGAGGAUUGACCAGCCAGAGUUCCCACAGAGUCCUCGGACCCCGAGACAGAAGAGCCCUCUUGUGCAACGCUGGGAGUCGGGCCUAGUCAGCGAACACAACAUGGAAGACAACUGAAGAACCGCUGAUGGACCGAAAAGUGGGGAGGAAGGUUCAACCGAGACCCGUAGUUUAUUUUUAAGUGGAGAGCUGAAAGACUGUCACAGAAAAAAAGAAGAUCAGUGUCUGGAAAGUGGGAGAAUACUAGAGGAGGAAAGAGCAAGAAAGAGGUUGAGGAUUGAGGCCACAAAUGAGGUCAGGAGGAUUGGGAGCGAGGAAAAGGAUUGGUGGUGGACGAAAAACCCUGAAGAUUCCUUUACCAGGGCGGUUGGGGAGAAGGAGGGCUGCAUAUUGAUAAAUAAACCGUUGGUUUGCUUCUGGUGCUGGAAAACUCCAAGAUUACCAAUGUAAAAAGGCAAAGAAAAUAGUAGAAAUGCAAAUAUAUUGAGAAUUUUCAAACUCUAAUGAAGUUCUUUACCAUUUUACUCAUUUGUUGAAACAAUUUCCUGCUUGAGAAAAAAUGUGUUAUUGCCAAUUUUAUGACACAUAGUUGCUAGUUUAUUGCACCUGUACAAUCUACCGUGGUCCCAUACAAUGUAAUAAACCCCACCUUUGUGUAUCUCAGUCUGUUACUGAAGUUGAAGCAAUUAAACCCCAUUUAUGUAUUCGAAGGGGAAGGGACUUAUAAUCACCUUUCUGCAUGAUUGAUUUCAGUGUAACACCAACACUUGCUAAAAUAUGACCGGCUUCACAGAAAUAAUUAAACUCAGUGUUCUUGUGUUUCUUUUAAUCCAGUAACUCGGUGGAUGUAGGCCAACGAUCUGAAUUAUUGCACAAUUUGUAUCCAUGAAUGACUGCUUCUUUUAUUAUGUUUCACGCAUCCCCAGUGAAAGCUAGAUUAGCGUAUUAAAGCACCUUCUUGAAGAAGGAUUUUAGAGGCAAAUAAUAUUCAAAUAAUAGCUGCUCCAUUGUUUAGACUUUUUUUUAAAUUAAGCAUUAUGUAAGUAUUUUUGAGUAAAACCUGAUCCACAUGA